AAACCUUUCAAGCUGAUUUAAGGUCCUCUGGAAUUUGUCGGAGAGAUUUCUCACUUUUCACACCAAAAUUCAAGAAUGAAAGGAAUCUUUUAAUUUUAUGGAAAAUUGUUAAUAUUUACAGGACAAACUCAAAGCAGGUUGUUUGAACAUCCAAUCUCAUCUUUGUAACAAUGAGUUGGGGAGCACUGUAUGCCCAGCUGGGGGGUGUCAACAGGCACUCUACCAGCCUCGGAAAGAUUUGGCUUUCUGUUCUCUUCAUUUUCCGCAUAACUAUCCUGGUUCUGGCUGUAGACAGCGUCUGGGGGGAUGAACAGUCGGGCUUCACAUGUAACACUCAGCAACCUGGAUGCAAGAACGUCUGCUACGACCACUUCUUCCCCGUGUCGCACAUCCGCCUGUGGUGCCUGCAGCUGAUCUUCGUCUCCACACCAGCCCUGCUGGUGGCCAUGCAUGUUGCCUACAGGAACCGUGAGGACGAAAGGACCAUGUUGGCUUCCAAUGUCACAGAGAAGGUAACUGAUGUAGAGCUGCAGACACUGAAGAAGAGGAGACUGUCCAUCACAGGUCUCCUGUGGUGGACCUACACCUGCAGCUUGUUCUUCAGGCUCAUUUUUGAAGGUGGUUUCAUGUACGCCCUCUAUGCUGUCUACGAUGGCUUCCAGAUGCCCCGACUGGUGAAGUGUGAGCAGUGGCCUUGCCCCAACAAAGUGGAUUGCUUCAUCUCAAGACCCACAGAGAAAACAGUCUUCACCAUCUUCAUGGUGUCUUCCUCGACCAUUUGCAUGUUACUGAACAUUGCAGAAUUGGGCUAUCUCAUCACCAAGGCACUCAUUAGAUGGUCAUCCUCAACAAAUAUGAGGAAGCGGCCUUGCUCUAACGCUACCUGUCCAAUGCAGGAUUGCACUCUACUGCACAACAAGAAUGAGAUGCUGUUGGCAUCUGCUGCAGAUUCAACCAGCAGAAAAUCUCUGUCCUGAAGGAAACCGUCAGGCCUGGAGUGGGUCUGAGGAGGAGAAAAGCGUCAACUUUAAACCCCUUAAAGCAGUGGUGUCCAAAGUAUUCCAGAAAGGGCCAGGUGGGUGCAGGUUUUCUUUUCUAGAUUUCACUGAUGAACUCAUCCCAUCUGCUCAAAGUGAUGUUAAUCAGUGAAAUCAGCUGCCGGAGUCAGUGACUGCAAAGAAAACCUGCACCCUGGUGGCCCUUUCUGGAAUACUUUGGACACCACUGGCCUAAAGGUUACUGAUGGAGUUUGUUACUUUGACUCAAAACCUGUCCACCUGUCACAUCCUCCACUGAUCUUUAAGAGUUUACGGCAGAGGUCUCAAACUGAUCCCAGAAAGGGCAGAGAUGGUGCAGGUUUUCCUUGCAACCAUCCACUCCACCAGGUGAUUUAACUGAUUAACUGAUUCCACCUGCCCAAAGUAAUGUUAAUCAGUGAAAUCACCUGGUGGAGUGGAUGGUUGUAAGGAAAACCUGCACCAUCUCGGCCCUUUCUGGAAUCAGUUUGAGACCUCUGGUUUACGGGAUCAUAGGAGUAGUUUGUGCCAUGAUUGGACUUUAUUGGGGGGUUUAUUGUAUUAUUUUUCUGUUGUUUUAUUCUUGCUUGGAUUUUUUUUGUCUGAUAUUUGGUGUUGGGUGUUUCCCUCCUGCUUGCCACGCCCUGUUCCAGAUCCUUCCUCCAAACCUGUCCUACAUUUCCUCCUUAUCACUCCCUAUUUAUUAGUUGCACCUGAUUGUGAGAUUGUUGUGUCUCUUUUGAGCGUGUAUCAUCUGAGUGUUUAGUCCUGUUUUGCUGACCUGUGUUUUUGACCUACCUGCCUGUUUUUGGAUCCUGUUCUCUGCCUAAUGCUUCAGAUACUUGCUUGUAACAGUCAGCCUUUUUGUGUUCUGAACCCUGCUCAGACUGUCAUUAAACCUUGUCCAACCUGUGUCUGAAUCCU